AUGAAUCGUGCUCCUGUUUGUCACUAUUAUCAAGCUGGAUGUUGUAGAAAUGGGAGUUCCUGUCGCUUCACUCACCCGACGGUACGGUGCCGCGUUUUCCUCGCUACCGGAUGGUGUCCUUAUGGUUACAGUUGUUAUUUUUGGCACGACCGCUCCCGGAUAACUUCAACCCCUUUCUCUCCCCCUCGCAAGCCUUGUCGCUUUUUCGCCAACAAUCAAUGCAAGUAUGGGGAUGAAUGUACCUUCUCUCAUGAAAUCGAAAGCAACCCCACUGGCUCAAUGACGCUGGCAGAGUACCGUGCCUCGAGGAAACUGUCACAACUUACCCUCGCGACUGCACUUGAUUCUUCACACAAGAGACCUGACGAGCACCACGAACGUCAUGUUGUACGGUUUUCUAACGUUUCAGGAUCCCCCACUCUUCCCAUACCUGCUGGAGGUACCACUUCCAAAUCAACUAGGGUCCCAGUCUUGCGCCCCAGUCUGACUACAACCCAAAUUAAGAUGGAUAAUGCAAGCAACUUAGAACUCUGUCGGUUGCAAGCUUUGGAGAUUUCUCGCCUUUUAAAGGCCUUUCCUCCGGAUCGAUUGCGUGAAGUUACGCCGCAGGAGGAUGGGAAAGCCUUUUUCGUAAUAUUUUCUCCCACAGACCCCGACUGGGCCCACAGUGUUCGGGAAUUCCAUCUAACCGUCCACAUCAAUAACUUGUACCCAUCGAAACCGUUAAAGAUUUCUGUACUUGAUAACGGACAAUUACCUCAGCUGCUUCUUGAACAAUUGAAUAUGGCUAUCGGAUCUUGGAUCGCCAACAAACACCGUCAAAUCCUCGAUUCAAACCUUACUGAGUUGUAUUUACAACCAUUUUUCCGCUGGUUGGAUCGCAAUCUAGAUACUCUGUUUACUCGAGGACUGCACAAGGUAAAAACUCAAUUUGGGAUUGAACGCGAAGUCCCGAGUAUAUCGCAAAUCGACUUACAGCGUUCAGCAGAUUCGUGCGGCGAGCGUUCUCGAAGCCAUUCCUCGAUAGAAUCAGUAGUGACUGCGCCUUUAACUGCAACGAAUCAGUCUGACGGGCAUUCUGAAACUUUAUACUCCUCUGAUUCUGAGAAGGAUAGUGAUGUAGACCACCUACUGCCUCUGUUAUCCGGUCGAUCAGCCUCAUGUGUCAAUCUUACAUAUUUCGAGAAGCCCGCUGAGAAAAAUAACCGCACUGUGUCGGUAUCCGAGGACGUAGAGGAAGAGAAGGGCGAAUGGAUCAAAUCAGUGGAGUCUCCCAAGAUGAAUAUGGUCCAGGGAAGCAAUCAACCCAAUGAAAUUGCAAGUGAUGAACUUUCCCGACUAGCUAUUUCUGCAACCGCCCCUUCGGUCGGGAGAGGUACACAGAAUGUAGUUGCAGAUGAACUGCGACUAAUUGGUCGAGCUGGAACACUGAUUCACCGCAAGUUCUCUGCCACUCUCCACUGCACACGCUGCCGUUUGCCAUUUGACUGGGUUUUCAGUCUACAUGGAAAUGAUUUGAUAAACUCCGACUCUUCUGUCUCUUUAAGCACACGUCUGCGUUCUUUACCACCUCAUCAUGCGACUUGUGUUCGCUGUGGCCAAACCAUGGGUCUCGUCUUCCAAGCUACGAUGGCGCAUGCGUUCGAAUCGUGUUUGGGGACUCUGCAUUUGCAAGGUUGUGUAGCGGACGAUGUUCACACGAAAAUGUCGGAGUUCUUGGUACUGUGUACCGAGUGCUCCCGAUACAUCAAAGUGCCGGGAGUGGGACCACAACAACCGACGAGCAAACGUUGCCAUGACUGCCACAGCAUCGUUGGUAUCCAAUUUGGCCGCAUCAGUUUGAAACAAAUACACCCUGCUGGAUGUCUUGCCCUACCCUUGAAGAACUCGUCCGGCACUUGCAGUUUGCCUCGCAGACAGCGGCGAACCCCAAAUUCGUCUCAAAACCCUCUCAUUCAAGAUGGUUUCCCCUUACCUGAUUAUGGGACUUGCAAGCAUUAUCGGAAAAGUUAUCGGUGGCUCAGGUUCCCGUGUUGCGGCCGCCUGGAACCGUGCGAUGUGUGUCACAAUGAAGCUGCGGGUGAUGGCCAUGAGCUGGAAUUGGCCACACGGAUGGUGUGUGGAUAUUGUUCCAAAGAGCAAAACUUCUCCAGCACAAGGCCAUGUGUUCGCUGUGGCAAAACUUUGGUCGGUGUGCACUCCGCCCACUGGGAAGGCGGCAAAGGGUGCCGAAACAAGGUGACUAUGUCUCGCAAAGACACCAGAAAGUAUGCGCAAACCAAUAAGACGGUAUCGAGAGCGAAGUUAAAAUCCCAACUUGCCUGA